AUGUUGACACUGAACUCUUUGCGGAUUUUGUGCUCAUCCCGGACUUCACUGCGUCCAAACGGGCUCAUGACGACGAACCGACAGUCUGUUUAUGAAGCUGUUACAUGUUCAGCACAUUGUAUGUCCACCAGCUUCCCCACGAAGGACACAUGGCACCACAAAACGAACUUCAGAGCACUGGGAAAGGAAACCAAGCCAUUGUUUUACACCAUUCCAAUCGGUUCACCCAGGAAUUACUGUACAGGUCAAGCCAAACUGAACUGCUGGAAAUGCCAACAGCCUCUUGACAGCUCGCCCUCAUUCUUCUGCAUGUCAUGCAAAGUAGUCCAGCCCCCUGAUGAAGGGACAACCUUCUUCAAAAUUAUGGAUUGUGACUACACAUUCACACUGGACACGCAAAAGCUGCAGAAAAGAUAUUUGCAGCUCCAGCGGUCUCUGCAUCCAGACAACUUCAGCCAGAAAUCUGUGAAAGAACAGGAGUAUUCAGAAAUCCAGUCAGCACUGGUGAACAAAGCAUACAAGACUCUGCUUAAGCCUUUGAGUCGAGGUCUUUAUAUGCUGGAGCUGGAGGGGAUGCGUAUAGAAGAGGGCACUGACUCCAGUGCUGAUUCAGAGUUUCUAAUGGAGCUUAUGGAGAUCAAUGAAGCCCUUGAUGAAGCACGGACACCAGAAGCAGCCAAUAGGAUCGGCCAAGACGCAAAAGGGAAGCUGGCACACUUGACAAAGGAGAUAGACGCUGCCCUGCUCAAAGGAGAUCUUCAAACUGCAAAAGCACUGCUUGCCCAAAUGAAAUACUAUGCAAACAUCGAGGAGAAAGUAAAGGAGAAACUUUCUGAAUUAAUGUAACUUUCCGCUUCCACCUUGUAUCACUUUUAUUUAAAAUUUUUAGCUACUUUUAAAAAAGUUUUGCACAGAAGCACAUAAAUAAUUGUACAUGUCUUUUGGGAUUAUGUAAAUCUACUGCUCAAGAUGAAUAAUAAAACUUUACUUUAAAUGCAUAAUACA